CAAUGUCCCACAAUCUGGGUUCCCCUGAUUGUUUGGGGGUUUUUAAAUUGUACUUCUGCCCUCCUCUGGAAAGGUGCUUCAUUUUUGGUACUGAGUCCCCAGUCCAGAAAGCCCUAGUGGAUCAACUUUCCAAGGUUAGUAUCAGGAAUGUCUAUGGGGCCGAUUCCACCCCCCAACCCCAACCCCAACCCCAGUAUUUAUCUAGAGGUAGCACAUCUGAGACAAGAAUGGGAUUGAAGCACGAGGGGCCUUUCCUCUCCUUGUCCAGGGUGGUCGGUGACAGCAAAACCAUUGGCGGUUCUUUCGCACCCUCUCUCCCAGACAUGGUUCACCAGUCCCCAGCGUAUUUUUUAUAACAAAUUCCAGCAUCUCCUUUAUCCAUGAACGGUGUUCCUGAGACAGUUGCAGUGGUUUGUUUUAUCUUUAAUUUCUCAAUAGCCACUAUCAAGAUACAUGCAUGACAUAAAGUUACUCAAGUGUAAUUUACAGUCCAAAGUUACUCAAGUGUAAUUUACAAUCCAUGAUCCCAAACAGUCACUUGGUGUCCCAUGAAGUAUAACAGCUGUUCCAAGAUGCUUCAUUGGUGCUCCUUGUAUUUAUAAGCUGGUUUAGUGCCGUUAAUGGUCAGGACAUCCAUUUCCCAGGUGCUACCAGCGAGGUACAGAGCAGUUGGUGAUUUGCGCCCAGGCAGUCUGCUAUUCUGUAUUUGGGCUUUUGCCCUUGAAUCGGCACGUGGAUUCCGUUAUUUCUUCCUCCUGAAAGCCUCACACACCUCUGUCCCUGGCUUUGGAUGCUCAGCAGUCUCUGUUCUGUAAACCUGAACUAACUGUUCUUGAAUGUUCUCCUUGGAAGUCCAGCAGGCUCAGCAAACAAUUCUCUCCUUCCCGCCGCCCACACCCCAGGGACUUCCUGUAUCUCUCUCUCUCUCUCUCUCUCUCUCUCUCUCUCUGUCUCUCUGUCUCUCUGUCUCUCUCUCUCUCUGUCUCUCUGUCUCUCUCUCUCUCUGUUUUUGUUUUAUGAUUAAAGCCAUGAAGCUGCCCUGCUCUGCUCCAGGCUUAUAGGAGAUUUUUCUUCAUACUCUUGGGUCUGUGGGAACACAUAUUCCUUCAAAUUCUUCCCUCCCGCCUGCUGCCAACCCCAGUGUAAAUCCCUGGCUUUGGGUCCCAAGCCAGACAAGGCUUCUGAUGCCCUCAAGGGUCUACCCCCCACCCCCACCCCUUGAAUGAACCUUUUUUCUCCAGCUGAGCCAGUCUGGUGGGAUCUGAGCAUCACUCCUGUGCCAGUACUGCUUCCAGAAUCCCUACCUGCCUCCCAAGGCCCAGUCCCUUCCUCCCUGAAACCUUCCACAGCAGCCCUUGGGGUCUCUUCCUUCUGAACUGCAGUCCCCUUGUGACCCGGUCCAUCAGUCUUCAUGUGCCCAGAAUCUAUCUGCACCUUUGCACCUCUAAGGGGAUGUUUCUGCUCGAGAUUAAGCAAAGUAUAGAGGAUAGCUUCGCUUCUCGCCACCCAAAGUCUUCGGGACUCCAUCCAACUCUGUUAGAAUAAUGGUCUUUCAAGCUGACUUAAAAGCCAGAUUUUUUUCUUAAAGCAAUCCUUCUGUUUUGAUAUUUGUAAUUUGUUCUGUGCUCUUUCCUGAUGCCUAAUAUCAAAUAGUCCUAGAGUGCUGUUGUGUGAAGGUUUUGUGGAGCAGAGUCUGCUGAUAGACUGGUCAGACCAAAUUGCAGUCUCUUCUCUUUGUUGUACAAUGUAGGUCUUGGUUUUCCCCUGUGUUUAGUUUGCUGGCAUAAUUGAAAUAUUGCAUUUAUGAAUUGCACCAGUCAGAGAGUUUUAAUAUGUAACUGCAUCAUGGCAGAGCUGGUUUGAUUUGCCCCAAGUAUUCGUUGGCCGGAGAAGAGGGCUUGCUAUCCCUCAUCACUGCGAAAGUAACCCAGAAAAGCAUUUUCUGGAGCCUAGGUUUGUAGAACUGUAAUAUACCACAAUGGGCUUGCUGAUGACUUUUUGUUACAACACCUUAUUGUGUGUUAUGGUACAAUAAAUCACUAAACACCAUUCUUUCCUGUUGCUUUUGAAAACGUAAUUUGGAAAAAAAGUAGAUAUUUCAUCUUCAUUUUGCUUGAAUGUCUUAUAUGUGUGGAAAAAUGGUCCUGAGGAUUAUAUCAGCUGAGCUGUGAUCAGUCCCCUUCAUCACAUAAUUCAGGAGAGGACUUCUUUCCUCUGCAGGAAAAAAAGAAAUGAUAUGAACCUCCUUUUAAAUAAACAGUCGAAUUGAACAUUCCUUACCUUUGGGAUGUUCUUAUGAGAACAGAGAAUAAAAGGCGGUGAGGAAGAUGGGCGGGUUGGUUGGAUGGAUGUGGGAGAAAUAGAGGCCAGCCUCUAUUGUCUAUUAAAUUGUCUAAUAAACCGGUGUCUAUUAAACACGUAGUUAUAAAUCCUGGGAAUCUUUGUCCCCAAGAGGACGAGAAAAGUCAGAAAAUGCUGCAGGGAUGAGGUGGAAGAAGACUUUUUUCCCAGUGUCACUGUGCUCUUCUUAGUGGGAUGAGCUCGCCAUUGUGAAAGUACGUCUCAGUGGACCGUUCCCCCAAGAAAGUUCAUUCAUGGUCCCAGAAUAUUCAAGAAGCAAAGAUGUUGUCUAAGAGCUUCUAGGUCGUCGAGGUGGUGGAAGUGGUGAGGGUGUCCAGGCCAGCUGUGUGCUCCCUGCAGGGAGGACUGGGGUGGGGGGCGGAUCUCAUUGCCUGGCUCACACCCAUCAGAGCCCACAGGGCAGGACUGACUUGUAUUUCCCCACGGGAAAAGCAUAAUCUAUAGACUCAGGCCAGGAUCAUUUUGUCUUUUAUUUGUGUGCUUUUUGUUUCACCCGUCUUAAAAAAAAAUGCAUUAUAGAAUCACUACUUGUUUUGUUUUUUAAAGCACUCGGAGCACCUUACCACGAAACAGCGUCGAGACCAUCUAUAGGCAGUCCACAAUUAUUUCUAAUAAAUGUCUUUAAAUAGCCCCAAAAUGUAGAUCUUAAAAAUGGGAUUCAUGAUGUUGCUAUACAUUAUAAUUAUAUGUUUGGAUGAGGCAAUUAUGUACAUUUCCAGUAAUUACGUGAUUAGUGAUAAUUACAUUAGCUAUGUAAAUAUACAGUAGUCAACCAGACGACUUAAAACUCUGUAGUAUAAAUGAAUAUAAUGAAGCUACUUCGUGCUCAGGUAAAGGAUCAGAAAAGGCAGGGGGAAUGGCCAAGUUGAAACUUCGUAGACAUUGUUUGUGAGGGAUAAAUAUCAGGCCCUGGUUUUAAGAUAAAUUUGGAGAGCGGCCCCUCCCCUGGGGUUCCCGCUGUCACCUAAGGACUGGGCCCAUGGAGCACCCACACCCGGCCCUCAGCUUUCUGCAGAUGAGAGCCAGGUUCCAUGUUGUAUUAUUUCUCCAUUGUUCCUCAUCUGUGAAAUGCAGAUUUAAGCUACUCUUUGCACUUGUUGACUUGCCGAUGGGCUCUCACCUCCAUUGGUGGAUUUUUUUAAACUCCCCACAUUUUUAAAAGCAGCCUGUUAAGGCUGCUGUGUUUCCACUUUGGGGUUUGGGGUGUGGUGACUUUAGUCCAUGGCCGGGUGUGGGUGUUUGUCAGUGUCUGGGUUUUGUUUUUCAGCUGUUGCUCUGGCUUUCGCGCCCACCGGGGAGGGUCACGCUCUCCCCCAGGUGGGCGACACCUGUCUCUGUGCCCUUUGGGAUCACGCCUCCCGAGUGUGAGCUGCCUACCUCGUCUGCUUUGCUCAGGGUGUGUUUCAUUUUGGUCAUUUGCAACUUUGAGGAAAGAGGUCUGCUCCAGGCCUAACGAACGCCUCACAGGGUUCCAGCACCUCCAGGCCAAGCCUCCUUUGUCUGAGUAGGUCUGAGGACAGCAAAGUGACCUGGCUUUGCAGAGCUGGAGGCCCGCAAAUGGUGCCCCACGUGAAUUCAGAGGCUGUCCCACACAGCUCAACCUAAUCACAAGUGUUUGGGGUGACCGUGAUGCCAGAACUCCAAGGUGCGCUUUGCUGCCAGCUUCCCACCCUCUGAUCCCUUUUCCAGAACCUUACAAAUGACAGGCGUGGAGUGAGCCUCCUGUCCUGACUGACUUAUACUCCGCUCACCAAACCAUUAUUUGAUGAGCAUCCUGAACAUUGAUGAACUCCCUUGCUCUAGAGCUCAGGCGUGCCCUCCGUCUCCAGAGAGGCCUCGGGUGGCCCUUUUGAAAUGCGGGCUCCCCUUCCAGGUCCGGGGAAUAACCUCCUGGGUACCAGCAGUGGGGCUGUGCAGUGGCCGGAGGAGCAUGUUCUGGACAUCGCUGUGCACCCGCUCGCCGCCGUCUCCACACUUCCUGUCCUUCUUGCGUGGACAUCAGAGGGGCUGGAACACCCAUCAGCUUGUUUCCCAACUCCUGGGAAACAAGAGGGUCCUCCCUUCCUGUUUGCACUCUGGAGUGGGUGAAACGGACAGUGUGGACGAUCAGUCCUUUCUUGUCCUCAGAAGGUCUUUAAAGCCUGUCUUCUUACUGUACGAUCAGGGCCCGGGUGAGAAACAGCGCUGCGGGCCGGGACAGUGUGGGUCCCUGCCAGGUAGUGUCGGACGUUGGGGGCUGUCGUCUUCCUCUGCUGUCUCUGCUCAAUGCCCACUGUGCCCGAGUCCUUGCAAGUGAGGGGCUGUGCUUGCUUCAGCCUGGACCUGGGCUCAGAGGCUGGGGCGGCCGUGGGUCAGGGCUCCCUGGUGAUCGUGUGCACCUCUCUGUCCUUUUCUCCAUCACAACAUACUCUCCUUGAGGGCGAAGACUGGCUGUUGCCACCAAGUCCUGUUCCUCGUACAGAGUCCUGUUCAACAGGUGGAUUCAUUCCCUGGAUUAUUUGGUACUCUCGCCUUUGAUAGGUGGCAGACUUCUUUGGACUGGGGACAGAGUGACAGCAGGGGACUGAGGAAGCUUCCUGGAGGUGGGUUAUUUGAGCUGGGCCCUGGCGGGUGGAAAUGACUGGGGCAUCAACCAAGGUGAGAGGAAGCCAUUCCUGAUACUCAGAACCCAACAGAGAUAAGGAGUCAUAACACAGGAGUGUGUUGGGGUGAGAGUGGCAACGUCAAGGGGAGUCGGGUCACCUGAGAUGCUGAGACUUUGCAGGAGGAGCUGUUAUUGGAGGGAAGCAGAGGUCACUGAGCACCAGCCUGAGGUGGACUUUGCGCCAGGUGCUGUCAAGGAUCCAGGAAAGCCUUUGCAGGUAGAUUCUGCCCUGUGCUUUGCCCAGGCCCUGCGUCCGACCUGGGGUCUCGGCUCACACUUUCUGCUUCACCGGCACAUUCAAAACAUGCCAUAAAAGAGGCUUUUUAAUCCCAUAACAUGUGGGAAUCAAGCCUGAUUUUCAUAAUGCGGCUCUCACUAAGUUUUAUCAUCCAGUCAAAAAAUCAAGUCAGGAGCGAUGCGCAAGCCUUUGUUUUCACUGAAAAUGGCUAAAUCGUGAGUUACGGGAGGCCUGGGGCUGUUCAGAGGGCAGCUCAUUUGGUUGCAAGGCCCCACCUCGCGGCUUGGGUUUUCUCUGGAGGGCUGUGCUGAUAAUGUAAAGCCUCCCGCUCCAGGUUGGAAAUUAGGAGCCCAAAGCCUGCAUCCAAGAGCCUGUGGUGCCGCGUCGAUCCUGGGAUGCCUGAAAUGUCUGGUCGUUUCCGCUGAUGUUGUCUCUGUAUUCACGUCACUUAGACGGAGGCUGUCUUAAAGCCCUGCCAGACCCUAUUUGCUGUUUUACUAAUGUACUUGGGGUUUGUGUCCCCCUCUCUGAUUCAGACUAGCCAAGUAAGUUGCUUUGGUAGGGGACACUGUGGGGACAGAAGGAAAGAAAACUUUUUUAAAGGCAGAAAGCUGUUUUUAAACAUAAAUUCUAAAGCACUUGACAGAAACAAAAACCCAACACAGCCUGUACAUAUUUAAAAGUAGGAAGUGGGAUGUCAUGGGCCUAUUUUUGGCCAUCUCUGCCGGAAAGCAGAGUGUAACCCACUAACCUCAGCAGUGUCCCCCAGGAGAUGCUGCCCCGUGGGGGGCAGAGGGCGAGCGCGCCGCAGCAGCCUCGUCCUGGCAAACAGCAGGCGCAGGGAGGCAUCUCGGGGGCUUUCUUAUUUCCGCCUUUGCUUUCAGAGCUGCCUUGGGCUCCUGGCCCCAAGGACUGGAGAGCCAGGGGAUGGAAAGCCUCAGGCUAGUGUUGGUCCGGCACGGGGAAGGCCGGCCAAGUAAUGCUCCAGAGUCUCCUCCUAAGAAGGGGUAAGCAUCCCUUGCCGCCAGGCCGGCGGAAACAGCACAGCUGUCAGGGGACGGGCAGUUAGACCCAGUGACCUUCAUGUGAGUCUGGCCUUGAGAUUCGCUGAGUCCGCCAUAUGCCUGAUUGUUGUUAUUUUCUUUGUUUUAAAGAAAGAAGUGAGGACUAGACCCCAGAGCAGUCCUUCUAUUUCCCAUUCUUUUCAAGCAAUUUCCCAGGUCAUCGUCUUGAUCAGAACAUGAAAUGCUUGUGGGCAGUCUGCCCGAGGACUGCUCGGUGGAAGGGAUGGAUGGUCGUCCGCCUCCUGGAUUUCCUUCCCUGCUUUUCUGGAACUGUCUAGGUCAUCUCAGAGUUUUCAGGUCUCUACAGUCGUGAAUUGAUGCCUCAUGUUGCCCGGGGAAUUCAACAAUCGGCUUUGGGGGGUGUUGCUUAUAACCUUGGAGUUCCUGUUCAGAUGAUUCUAUAGGAUCAGCUUUACCUUGGGUUUAUUUUGUCUGCAAGAGAAUUUGGAUUGCCUGUUCCUCAGUUUUCAGAAGAUGGCUCUUUCCUUUAUGCAAUUUUCUGUAGUGAGACUCUUUGCAGGAUUAAAACGUUAAGUCUGAGAGACUCAUUAAUCUUUCAGAUAUUGGUCCCAUCUCGCUUUAUUUAGUCAACAUGAGAUUUUUCAGAAAAUCAGCCCUUUCCUAAAGACUGUGCAUGAGAUUUAAAAAAAAAAAAAAAAUCUGCCAGAGUGUUUAGAAAAGAGCAAGUCCAGUUACAGGUGUUUUUACCUAACACAGGAAAACAUCUGUCAUAAUAUUUGGCGGAUUGCAAAGCUGAGGCUGCGUGAGUUUGGGUGGCUUCCAAGCAGAAUGGGUCGGAAAUUGAUGGAAACGAACCUGGACCUCCUCGUUCUGGGGUGGAGGGUGACGCCUCCCUGAAGCUUCUUCUGCUCACUGCUGUUCUGCCCCUGGCAUUACACCUUCACACCUUCUCAAAAACCUGCUCCUUGUUUCUUAGGGGCCAUGGGGUAUGCAUGCUCUUAGGUAGUCCUGCUGAAGUGGAGGGCUCGAACUGCUUCAGUUCAUCCGUAAUCUGGGUGAGUUACCAACAGCUACCCCGCUGCAAAAAGAUUCGGCACAGAUAACUUCUGAAGGGACAUGUCUGCACCACAAGUGGCGUUUUGUAGCAUUAACGCCACCCCAUGUUGUGUUUCUUUAUGACAGGAAGGAAGAAGAAGGAAGCCUCGAGAUGGUAUAAUACUGAUGACGCCUUAGGCUGGUGCCAUCUGUUGGCUCAAGUCUGGGGGCCCUGACUCUGGCAAGGGCCCACUGCACCUUGUUUCGAGAAGUUGAGGCAGUUGUCUGUUUAGGAGUUACUUUCUGAUACUCAAGUGGUUAAUUUUAUAAGUGGCAUUUAUAUUUGGGGUUUUGGGGAACCUUAGGAAAAUAACAGAAUUACUUUGUUAAAGAGGUUCCCCUUGUCCAGCACCAGCAGGACUGUUACCCCAGGUCGGUGCAGGGAAUUCCAGAAAGCAGAGCGUUGGCUUUUGGAGUUUGAGCUGGGUCCUGUGCACUGUGGCCCUGGGCCAGGUACCCAAGCUCUGCAUCCCAGCAGCUGGGAUGUGACAUAAUCACUCCUGCCUGUAGAAUCGUUUAUGGGCAAAACACCCAGCACAAGGCCUGGUACAGACUGAACAAAUGUUGAAGCCCUCUAAUGAGGAUCCUGUAAGGAAAAGAUGAUGUCAAAGAUGCCCUGUUUUCUGGUCACCUCGAAGGGUCAGGCAGGACCGCUGCAGCCCUUCCUGCCCAGCUAGCCGUGUUCUCUGACCAGUGGUGGAAGGAGGGAGGUGGCAGGGAAAGCGACAAUGGGAUGGAACCCCCACUAGGAGGCCUCAAAGGCCCCUCUUGGCCAAAAGAGCCAAGACCGGGAGAGGGGGGUGACAAGGCAGCGGGGGCUGGAGCUGCCGGAGGGGUCAUCAGGUUAGUGUCUUUUCUGGGGCGAAGGUGUGUCCCGCCUGACGCGUACACCAGGCUUGUUUUCACACAGUCUUGUCUGCUUGUCGUCCUUCUUAGAAGGGUUACCGCCGAGACUGCCACAUCUUUCUCCACCCUCUCCUUUCCGGAGGGGAGGAAGCUGCGCCUGGCUCCGAACAGUGCCCCAAAGAGAAAAGCCGUCUGCCCAACAGAGCCGGGAAGGGAUCUGCUGUAACCAGAUAGUCCUGUUUCCAUUGAGUUUGGGGCUCUAACGUUUUCCUGUCCUUUUUGAUGUAUCUUCUAAGUGGACACAUCCUAUCCUCAGGCUAUUGGUGAGACGUGUAAAUAUUGUCUUGUUUGUGGCCAGGCCCGUUGCCUCUGUCUCCUCUGCCCGGGCCUUUCAGCCCAUGAUGGCAAAUGUGCCAGCAGAGGAAUUAGAGAAAUUGGCACCAGCAGUCUGCUUUCAUACAUGGAAACCCAACGUUUUGCAGUGUGGCUCGUUCAUUUUUCUCUUUUUUUCCUGUCAUGCAUCCUAGGAGACGGAGGGGACUGGGGGAGGAUUUGAGUCUCUUUGCCAUCUGCCAGGGCUUUUUCCCAGUUCACUUGAGGCCCUAUUGGCAUUUUUGGGUCAGAAAUAGAGGCCAUGGUUUGUGUUCAAGCAGCAGACUGGGGUCCCUGUGCUGUGUCCCCAGGCAGCGCCUGGGCCAGUUCCUCAGUAGUCAGUUGGGAGACACAGAGCUCUGGCUUUUGGGGACCAGUGCUCUUUGGGGAGUAACACUGGUUUAAACAGAGCUUGUCCCAAAGUUUAAUAUAUGUACUGCUCAGGAUGAGGGGACACUGCCCUUUUAAACUGUCUUGCGUUACCGUGUGCCUCUAGUUCCCAGAAAUGGAUUUCUACACACUUUCCUCUUCACAGUAAAUUUUCAGUAUUGCUCAUUCAAAAAAAAUUUUUUCUUUUUUAAACAGUUAAUUCUCUUUAGCUAAAGAUUCUAGUUGCAUCUUAGGUUGAGGGACGUAUGGGUGAAGACGAAACACUCAAGUUUAAUGGCUGCAAAUAUGCAAAUUGUCCCAUUUUUUAACGUUCUAACUGCACACAGCCCUUGUAGCCUCACGAUUCCCAGCUUUUGUUUCCGUUGUGAAUUCUUUGUCGUGGAACCUGCAGUUGGAAGAUCCCGGUCCAGUCUGUGGUGGUGCUUCUCGGGGACCUGCCUGUAUGUUUAAGAAAAUAUUUUAAUGCUCCUGUGUGGAGCUUUCCUUUAUCUAAAUAACUGCUGUUCUUUGUAUUAUUGCACCUAAAGUCCCCGGAGGACUAUGUAAAAUCUUAAUCUAUGGGAACAUGGAAAAUGAUCCCCGAGAUCUGAGCCAGGCCAAGCUUGCUAGAAUUCUGCUUUCCUCGCAGACAGAUUUAAACGAAGACACGCCUCAAAUGCAGCCUCCUCCCUCCCAGCUUUGCUUCAUAAUGUUGGGGUCUAGUUGUUGACCUCUGUUGCAGUCUUACAAUGAUAAAUUCUAGAUUACACGCAUGGGUUGUUUUUCUGUCACCGUUGUUGUUUUUCCGGGCAGUAUGAAAGGAUCCGUGUUUUAUGAUAAUACGGUAAAGAAUCCAUUUGGACUUGAGCAAUGUAAUAACUCGUUUGAUUCGUAACCAGAGUCAUCUCAAAGCCAGAUUUCAAUAUUGGCAAAGCAUCGGGCUGCAGACCUGGCCCAUCUCUUGGGGAAUCUCAUGCUCUAGAACUGUGCAAGACUUUUUCUUUUUAUCCCGCCUGCCUGUUCACAUUUAAUUUGUUCUUAGCCGUGUGCAAUGGAUUAACAUUUCAUCAGGGUAGAUUAAGAGUGAAUCGACAUUAAAGCAGUCUUUUUCUAUUUUCCUCCUGUCACUGUUAGGCGAUCAGAGGCGGCGGUGGGGGCACCUUCGGGAGGGGGAGGGAGUACUCGUCCAAAAAGUGCCCUGGUGAGGACGGGGGAGAUAAGCCGGAGCUUCAGUGUGAAAAUAAGUCCCAGUUGCGGGUCGAGAGGCCUGGUUGGAGCCCACAGCCGGUUUCAUCAGGCUAACGAGACGUCACAUGGAACAAAAGCUUUCGGGGUUUUAUUUAGCUCCUAAUCCGCACGCUGAGAGAGCCGAGGUCCAUGUGAGCGCACCAGCCGGGAGGGGGGCCCGGCGGGCUGGAUGCAGCCUCCUUUCUGGGACUGAGCCGUAAAGAAAAGACCUCUGGCGCUACCAUUGGAGAGUGAGGCAAAGUUACCGUGAGUGUUGUGUUUUGUCUACUAAGGUUUCGGAGGAUUAAUAAUUUAGGCCAUACUUUGAAAUAGAAAACCCACAGUUGGUUGUUCCUGCUGUCUUGGAAGGGAUAGAAUACAGCCGGGUCUGGGUUUGAUAUAUGUAAUUGAAGAUUCGUAAAGAAAGGCUUCCUCCUCUGCCUUGGCCGUAGUCAUUUUUUUUUCCAAUGCCGGUUCCCAGCAGGCAUAUAAAUAUGGGUCGAUCUCAGAGCUGGGAUGCUGCCGGGUGGUACGAGGGCCCCUGGGAGAUCGCUGAGGCUCUGGGGAGGAGAAGCUCCCUGACGGACAGAGGCGGAGAGGGACCUUGGUACGAGCGGCCGAGCCCUGGGCUGCAGGAUGUCGCCAUGCCCGGGGCCGCCGAGUCCUGCCGCUACCGGGAGGCCUUCUACAACUCGGUGGCCGGAAGGAAGAGCUCUGUUCCCGACUUUGCCUUUUACGACAGCAGACAGGCGGUGAUGUCAGCUCGCAGGGCCCUGCUGCCGCGGGAUUACUACAGCGACCCGGCCGGAGCCGCCCGGGCCCCCAGAGAGCCUCAGCACCAUCACGACCCGGGAGCUGGCCGGCUGCUGCCCGGUUAUGGAGCGCUGGGUAGCAGGAUGACAUGGGAGCCAGUGCAAGGCCGGGCCCCUGUCCUGCAGGACACCGGUCACCUGUACCGGGAUCCCGGAGGUAAAAUGAUCCCUCAGGGACAGCGAUCGCAGAGCGAGGCCCCAUUGCCUGCGCGGUACUCGGGGGAGCUGGCCGACAGCAGGUUUGGGGCGGAGGCGCCCGCCUACCCUGCCAGCCAGGCCUACAGCGAUGUGGGCGAGAAGCCUAUGGAUUCCGCCACCGCUGCCAGGCAGGCGGCCCCCACGUGCCUGGUCGUGGACCCUGGAGCGGCUGCUGCUUCCGAUACCAGCCUGGGAACAGCCCCGGGCACCCUGAACCGAGGCUACGGACCUGCCCGGGAAAGCGUCUACCCCAGGACGCCUUAUGAGAAUUGCGAGGCCGACCUGUCCGCCUACCGGGGGCCCGGCGGCAGCAAGAGGAGUGUGAUGCCCGAGUUCCUGGCCUUCCUGAGGGCGGAGGGCGUGGCCGAGGCCACCCUGGCGGCCCUGCUGCAGCAGGGCUUCGACUCCCCGGCCGUCCUGUCCACAAUGGAGGAUGCAGACAUCAAGUGUGUGGCGCCUAACCUGGGCCAGGCCCGCGUCCUGAGCCGUCUGGCCAGCAGCUGCAGGACGGAGAUGCAGCUGCGCAGGCAGGGCCGGGGAGGCUCCCUGCCCCGGGCGCGCUCCAGCAGCUUGAGCCACCGAAGCGAGCUCCACGGCGACUUGUCUGACCUGGACGCCUCGGCCCUGCGGCCCCAGCCGGCGGGGCCCCUGCAGGCGACCUCCCCGCAAGCUGCAGAUCCUACUCGCCGCCCCUCCAGCGCGCCAUCCCAGCAUCUCCUGGAGACCGCGGCUACCUACUCUGCCCCGGGGGUGGGCGCCCAAGUCCCCCACCUUCCCUCCAACUCUGGGUACAGCUCUCCCACCCCUUGCGCCCUGACAGCGCGGCUGGGCCCUACGUACCCCCCGCAGGCCGGGGUGGCCUUGACUAACCCGGGCCCCAGAACUGCCUACUCCACAGCGUACACGGUGCCCAUGGAGCUGCUGAAGCGGGAGCGUGGGGCGGUGGCGUCUCCCCUGCCUAGCUCCCACAGCAGCCCCCAGCUCCUGCGGAAGCCCAGCCUCCCCCCGGAGCCCUCCACCCUGCUGCCGGCCAGCCAGAGCCUCCACACGCCCCGCUCGCCCUACCAGAAGGUGGCCCGGCGGACGGGGGCCCCCAUCAUCGUGUCCACCAUGCUUGCACCAGAACCAAGUAAUGCACCCCCUCCCUGCCUUUCCUCAUUUGGGACGUGGAGGGGACAGUGGGGGCAGAGAUUUGAGCACGGGACAGUAGGUCCUCGUGUUCCUGUUGCUCUCUGGCCAAGCCCGGAGAGACCACCCCUCCCCUGGACUUGCUCUCGCUUACACACACACUCCGCCAAACCGGGCGCCACGGCCAGCUCGCCAGGCGGCGAGCGUUCUCUUGGGUGAAAUCGAUUUGUGGUUCAGGCUGACCCACUGGGAUGGCAUUGCCUCCCCUUUUCUCUAGUUGAGCUCAAGCUGAUUUGUGGAUUUCCCUUUACAGUAAGGAAACACAACUGUGUUUAUGGGAGAAACCCAGAAAUCGUUCAGAACAGGAUGAAACCCUCAGCUCACGAGCGGGGGCAGUUUCUCCAGUUCACAUUCAGUGGCUGUGGCUUUGGAGAAGGUGGGAUAUUUGUCCACCACCUCCCAUAAAUCGUUCAUCGUUCACUUGCCGUUAGAAGUGCAUUAUAGCAUGGAAACGCACCUCUGAAGGGUCUACACGGUAUCAGAGGUAGAGUUAAUCGCUGCAGAGCUAAAAACGGGUGUGCUUCCAGAACUGUGUGUUAAACAGGGCAAGAUGUUGAAAUCCCUUAGAACUCCCUGUUUCAGAAACAGACUUAGCCUCACAUAUUGGAAAACACGGUUGGGAAUUCUGCUUACUUGUAGGGAAGAAUAUAUUUCCAAGUUGAGGAAAGAGAGAAGGAUCCUAGCUGUUCUCUUCAAAACACGAGAUGAGUGUGAUUGAAUGCAUGUGUUUCCCUGGGCGUCUGGAUAAAGUUUCAGGUGGGCAUCCUCUGAGCAACACUUAAGAAUUUUUAUUUCGACUCUGGAAUCCUUCCUGGCCAUUUAAGCUGUAAAUCAACUUUCUUCCUUUCUUUCCCCCGUCCUCCCCAACAUAGUUUAGAAAACUGAAUCUUUUCUAAAUGAAUUUUUUUUUCCUGAAUAACUAGCAUCAUAGGGUGGAGAUGGUGGGACGAAAAUCGUGGUAAAAAUGAGAUGUACCUUUUUGCAAAUACCCCUUCAAUAGCCAUGGGCGGGGGCUGGGAGCCCGCUCCUGCAGCUCUGCGAUACUGCAUUAGGGUUAUUAUCUGUUACACUGGUGAAGCCACAGAUGAUUUGGCGACUCACAGACCGACAUGGCUGUUGCUUUACAUGCUGACCUCCGCACACGUUUCUUUCUUAUUUCCAAAGGGGCGCUGGUUGGAUUUUUCUGUUGUCUCUCCCUGUAGAUUGUGGUUUUGUCUCAUGUGUGGAUUUUCUUUUUAAGUCUUAUCAUAAAAUUUAUUUGACUUUUUUUUUUUUUAAUCAGUGUGUGACAGGAGGAAAGUCAGACGAUAUUUCCCAGGCCCUGUGUCUUCCCCUUCACAGUCAAACAUUCUUUCUUUGCAACCAACUAAUUUGCAUGGCGAUGACAUUUGUUGCUUCAGUAAUUUCAUCUGAUAAUGGCUGGGCUUGCAAAGCGGAUCUGAAAACAUAUUCCUUAAUUAUGUGUUGCUAAGCAACGGGAGGGUUUGGUCAUAAUCACAGAAAGAUUAUCUCCACACUGAAGUCCCGGAAAGGUUUUGCUUAAGGAGGACCUGUUAAAUUGCCUUCUUUUCUUCUCUUUUUCUGUUUAUUUUGCACUGCCUUCUAACAAAAACAGUCGCUGUUAUUUGGGUACGGGGGUGAGGGAUCUUAUUUAAGUUGUUUGGAGUGUGAUUGUUAACACACGGUUUUGCAGACCGAGGGAUAUUGAUUUUUGUUUCAUUUGCAUGGCAGCAAGCCAGUGCCAAGAAGUCUGCAGUCGGAAGUCUGCCAGCAAAAAAAUUUCUCUGUCAGAUGAUCUGUCCCGUAGCAGUGGUUCCUCUCAUUCCUUCUCGAACGUUCAGUGUGUCAUCAUAGCCCUCCCCCGAAAGCAGUGUGUCAGUGACCGGGGUAGGAGCUUGGCUUCCCCGGGAGCUUUGAGCCUGGAUACAUGGCAUUUUGUGUGGCAGAUUUCAUGAAGUCAAUAGCCAGAUUGGGAUCUGUCGGAACCUACAGUCCAUAACAUUCACGGUUAAGGGAACCACUGCAGACCUCGGGUCUAGAAACCUGAAGCUCACAGGGGCAGCCCUACCGCUGUGGCUGCUGAGCUGAAACGGGAAACUGCGAUCUUUAAAUCCAGGUCGAGCCGCCUUGGACAUUUGCGGCACAACCAGCAUGAAUAAAUCUUCAUUCUGGUUUACGCUUAACUCACGUGUUUCCCUCUGAUCUGGAGGGGCAGGGGAUGCCAGGAGUUGGGCUUAUCUCCUCUCUCCCUUUGGAGUGGUGAGCUGAGUGUUUGCAGUGGGUGGGUUGUUUGUUUUUAAGUGCUUGGUUUUAUUUUUAUAUGCUUUGGGUAUUUUAAUUUUUUCAUCUUUUGUACAUUUUUAAAAGUGACU